UUAUGAAAGGCGAAAUCUCUCCAUGCGCAGCUGUUUCAAAACCGAGGAGAAGCAGGUCAUCUCGGAGGAACCGGCUUGAAGACAGCCCCUGUUUGUUCGUCGCUGUCCGUUGCGCGCGUGUGAGCCGCUUUCCGCCUUCGCGUGCCUCCCGCAUCGCUCGGCUUUAACAACACAAGCCACGGGGACGAGCCAGCGUUAGCCGAGAAGGGAAGUGCGCUCCGUCUUCUCUUUCAUCAGGCAGAUGCUCCAAGCCGCCCAGCUUGACAGGAGUGAUGGGAUGUGUCGUCUAGAUGAGGCAGUCCUGGACAAUGUAAUCGCCCUGAAGGAUUCAUCUGAGCAAGACCAAGGAGGAACAGGGAACGAGCAAGAAGAGGACAUCAGAGACACAGGGAUGGGCGUGGGGAAGAACACCACCUCCAAAGCAAUGGACAGUAGCAGUGAAGGAAAAUAUGAAGAGGAGAGCAAACACGGGGCAGAUUUCUAUCCCAUUCCGGUGGUGGUAAACGGAGUCAGCGGUGCCAGUGGAGACCAGGAUACUGAGAACACGGAGCUGAUGGCCAUCUACACUAAAGAUAAUCAAGGUGCUGAAAAGAGUUCCAUGUCUGAGACGUUGGACAGCACAGACAGUAUUGACGCAAGGAGGGUGGAUAUGAUCUAUACCAUUGAAGAUACCCCACCCUGGUACCUCUGCGUGCUCCUAGGUUUACAGCACUACUUGACAUGUUUCAGUGGGACUAUCGCGGUGCCGUUCCUCCUCGCUGAGGCGAUGUGCGUCGGCUUUGAUCAGUGGGCCACCAGUCAGCUCAUUGGGACAAUCUUCUUCUGUGUGGGGAUCACCACCCUGCUACAGACCGUACUGGGCUGCAGGCUGCCUUUGUUCCAGGCCAGUGCUUUCGCCUUCCUCGCACCAGCCAGAGCCAUCCUGUCACUAGACAAAUGGAAGUGCAACAACACAGAGAUUCCAGUGCUGAACGGCACAGAGCUCCUCCAUACAGAGCACAUCUGGCAGCCCAGGAUACGAGAGAUCCAAGGUGCCAUCAUCGUGUCAUCCCUGGUUGAGGUGUGUAUUGGCAUGCUGGGUCUUCCUGGGAUGCUACUGAAGUACAUCGGACCUCUGACCAUCACCCCCACUGUGGCCCUUAUUGGCUUGUCUGGUUUCCAGGCUGCAGGGGAGAGGGCUGGAAAACACUGGGGCAUUGCUAUGCUGACUAUCUUCUUGGUGCUGCUCUUCUCUCAGUAUGCCAGAAAUGUUCACUUUCCUCUGCCCAUCUACAAAGCCAAAAAGGGUUGGACAUCCUACAGGCUCCAGGUCUUCAAAAUGUUUCCUAUCAUAAUGGCCAUCCUCGUGUCGUGGCUGUUAUGUUUCAUUUUCACUGUAACUGACGUUUUCCCACCGGAGAAGGACAAGUACGGUUUCUACGCCCGCACGGACGCACGUCAGGGGAUCCUUUCAGUAGCACCGUGGUUCAAAAUCCCCUAUCCCUUCCAGUGGGGUGUUCCCACGGUGACGGCUGCAGGUGUGAUCGGCAUGAUGAGCGCCGUGGUGGCCAGCAUCAUCGAGUCGAUCGGAGACUACUACGCCUGUGCUCGCCUCUCGUGUGCUCCUCCACCUCCCAUCCACGCCAUCAACCGGGGGAUAUUUAUAGAAGGCAUCUCCUGUGUGCUGGAUGGUCUUUUUGGGACAGGAAAUGGCUCCACUUCCUCCAGUCCAAAUAUAGGCGUCCUGGGAAUCACAAAGGUGGGCAGCAGGCGUGUGAUUCAAUAUGGCGCUGCCAUGAUGCUGCUGCUGGGGAUCGUGGGUAAAUUCAGUGCCCUGUUCGCCUCUCUGCCUGAUCCAGUUCUGGGAGCUUUGUUCUGCACCUUGUUUGGUAUGAUUACAGCAGUGGGACUGUCCAACUUGCAGUUUGUGGACCUCAACUCCUCCAGGAACCUCUUCGUCUUGGGCUUCUCCAUCUUCUUUGGCUUGAUGUUGCCGAGCUACCUCAAACAGAACCCACUGGUCACCGGCAUUGUUGAAGUUGACCAAGUGCUAAACGUUCUCCUCACCACGGCGAUGUUCGUCGGAGGGUCUGUCGCCUUUAUUUUGGACAACACUAUCCCUGGUUCGCCUGAAGAACGAGGCAUCAAGAAGCUAAAGCGUGGCUCUGGUCUCAGUGCAGCAGAACUGGAAGGGAUGAGAUCCUACGACCUGCCGUUUGGAAUGGACUUCAUCCGCAGACACCCGAUCUUCAAGUACAUCCCCAUCAGCCCUUCGUUCACAGGCUACCACGGGGGGCGGCUACUAGAAGCCUGCAGGAACAGAAUGGGACACGGGGACAUGGUGAAGCGAGGGGAGGGAGGCACGGCACUUGGGGAGAGUCGGGUAUAGGCAGCAGGCUGGAAAAACCUUCAAGUGGUUAAAUUUUGGGGAGAAAGGAGUGGUACACUAAGAAAAAUUGAUGGGAGAGUGGAGGACAGAAGGAGCAAUGGAUUGUGUUGAAGAAAAUCUGAUACAACAACACACGCCCCCACCCCAUCACUAUGCGUUUUUCUUAGCUUGUGUCAGUCUCUUCCCUUCCCACUUCCCACUAUGCUAUUUUAAGCAUGCUAUAGCAAGUCAUAGCAUGCUAUAAAAGAUGUCACCAUGUGGAGAUCAGUCUGUUUGUGUGUAUGUGUGUAUAAUAUGCAGCAAGAGGUGGAGAGCUUGUGCAUUAAUGCACUUGAAUCCAGAAGGAGACAGAUUGACAUCAGGCAGUCAGGGCUGAAUGUCUGAUUCACUCACUCAUGAUCUCUGCUAAAUUAUUGCCCAAAUAAUGUUAUAUACAUUCUACUUAAAGCACACUAAACUGGAUUAUAUCAACUGAGGAUCAUGUUAGGAAUUAUUCGCCUGGGGAUUUGUUAUGCAACCACACAUGCACACAGCAGCAUCCGCAGUAGAAUUAGCUCGGGCGCUGCAUUGGACGACAGGGGUCAUGCAUAUUGAUAGAAGUAGUUUGUCAGGUGUCCUUAGCCAUUCAAAGUGAUUGUGAGAUUUAUUUUUGCACUAGCUUCCUCCUGAGUUCAAGACUACAAUGUCACUUCAAGCUUCUUCAGUAAAACACACAGCAGUUAAAGAGGCUCACAUCCCAUAGUAUUUGGCAUGAGAGUACUAAUAUUCACUAGACCUCACACAUUAUUGGACAAAGAAAAUCACUAACAUACCAGUUUACAUCCCUUUAUGAUGUGUCAGUAUUAUGCAUCAGUUACUAAAAAGACCAAAACUGCUUUUCCUGAACACAACCAUUGUUUGUAAGAUUUUUUUUUUAUUUUUAAAUUUGUAUCUGAUAACCUUUUAUUUGCAUGUUGGCACUUAAAUAAUGAGUCAGCUUUUAAUAAUGCCUCUGUCAUGGUGGCAGCAGAGCAUUUACAAAAGCUGCAGUAAUACGCACAGUAACACGGACAUGUGGCCUUGUCAGGGAGACUUUGUGUGUGUCUAUAUAUGAUACGAGGUGUGAAACUGAAUGACAACAUGAGAAUGUGUUCUCGCAAGGAUCUGUGGAUGUAUACUAUGGUAGGCUUUACCUAAAGGCUGCACCCUAAAUGAUUAUAAUUGUACUGGGAUGUAAGGGCAGUGUUUUUGUUGACUAUAGAGUGUAAAUCUAAUGGCUUAUUUUUUUGUUCCCUGUGUUGACUCAAGUGGAGUGUGGGGUUUUGCAUCAGCCAGUCAUGACUUUCAUUAUCAGUGUUCACUUGUUUAAUCGUGGUUGUGACUUUUUCACAUUCCUCCUCUUCCUCAGUCAUCGAUACACAUCCCACUUUCAUCUCACAAAGUUUCAGAGCAUCUUGCAGCCUGUACUGCAUUAACCCAGCCAUGACCCCCC